CGAGCGUCGGGCGAGGCCGGGACCCCAGCGCUGCGCCGCGUCCGAACGUCGAGACCCCACCGAGGGCGGGAGGGGGACUCUCGGGAGCCACAGACGCCCGAGACCCACGCCGGGCGGGACCGGCCAGGGAUCACCCCCGCCGACGGCCCCGGGCCCCGACGGCCCGGAAGUUCCGCGUGUCCGGGGGCACCGGGGGAUUGGCCGGGGCGCGGCGUGCAAGGCUUCCCGGGGGCGGCGACUGCCGAGCUCCGCCCUCCAGGCGGCCCCACCCGCCUGCCGUCCUGGGGCGCCACCGCCCCGCCGCCGGCAGUGGACCACUGUGCGCGAACCCUGAACCCUACGGUCCCGACCCGCGGGCGAGGCCGGGUACCUGGGCUGGGAUCCGGAGCAGGCGGGCGAGGGCAGCCGCCCUAAGCAGGCCCGGAGCGAUGGCAGCCUUGAUGACCCCGGGAACCGGGGCCCCACCCGCGCCUGGUGACUUCUCCGGGGAAGGGAGCCAGGGACUUCCCGACCCUUCGCCAGAGCCCAAGCAGCUCCCGGAGCUGAUCCGCAUGAAGCGAGACGGAGGCCGCCUGAGCGAAGCGGACAUCAGGGGCUUCGUGGCCGCUGUGGUGAAUGGGAGCGCGCAGGGCGCACAGAUCGGGGCCAUGCUGAUGGCCAUCCGACUUCGGGGCAUGGAUCUGGAGGAGACCUCGGUGCUGACCCAGGCCCUGGCCCAGUCGGGACAGCAGCUGGAGUGGCCAGAGGCCUGGCGCCAGCAGCUUGUGGACAAGCAUUCCACAGGGGGUGUGGGUGACAAGGUCAGCCUGGUCCUCGCACCUGCCCUGGCGGCAUGCGGCUGCAAGGUGCCAAUGAUCAGCGGACGUGGUCUGGGGCACACAGGAGGCACCUUGGAUAAGCUGGAGUCUAUUCCUGGAUUCAAUGUCAUCCAGAGCCCAGAGCAGAUGCAAGUGCUGCUGGACCAGGCGGGCUGCUGUAUCGUGGGUCAGAGUGAGCAGCUGGUUCCUGCGGACGGAAUCCUAUAUGCAGCCAGAGAUGUGACAGCCACCGUGGACAGCCUGCCACUCAUCACAGCCUCCAUUCUCAGUAAGAAACUCGUGGAGGGGCUGUCCGCUCUGGUGGUGGACGUUAAGUUCGGAGGGGCCGCCGUCUUCCCCAACCAGGAGCAGGCCCGGGAGCUGGCAAAGACGCUGGUUGGCGUGGGAGCCAGCCUAGGGCUUCGGGUCGCGGCAGCGCUGACCGCCAUGGACAAGCCCCUGGGUCGCUGCGUGGGCCACGCCCUGGAGGUGGAGGAGGCGCUGCUCUGCAUGGACGGCGCAGGCCCACCAGACUUAAGGGACCUGGUCACCACGCUCGGGGGCGCCCUGCUCUGGCUCAGCGGACACGCGGAGACUCAGGCCCAGGGCGCUGCCCGGGUGGCCGCGGCGCUGGACGACGGCUCGGCCCUUGGCCGCUUCGAGCGGAUGCUGGCGGCGCAGGGCGUGGAUCCCGGUCUGGCCCGAGCCCUGUGCUCGGGAAGUCCCGCAGAGCGCCGGCAGCUGCUGCCUCGCGCCCGGGAGCAGGAGGAGCUGCUGGCGCCCGCAGAUGGCACCGUGGAGCUGGUCCGGGCGCUGCCGCUGGCGCUGGUGCUGCACGAGCUCGGGGCCGGGCGCAGCCGCGCUGGGGAGCCGCUCCGCCUGGGGGUGGGCGCAGAGCUGCUGGUCGACGUGGGUCAGAGGCUGCGCCGUGGGACCCCCUGGCUCCGCGUGCACCGGGACGGCCCCGCGCUCAGCGGCCUGCAGAGCCGCGCCCUGCAGGAGGCGCUCGUACUCUCCGACCGCGCGCCAUUCACCGCCCCCUCGCCCUUCGCAGAGCUCGUUCUGCCGCCGCAGCAAUAAAGCUCCUUUGCCGCGAAA